AGAGUAAUAAAGUAGUGAUCGCAUAUGCAUUUUGAAAUACUGUGUUACUAAUUAAAAUUAUCUGAUUUUGUAUGUUAAAAAUUUGAAAGUUGUCAUGCAAAAUAGAUGUUAAGUACCUUACAAUGUUGCUAUGGAAUAUAUUUCAACUAGUUUUUCAGUUAUGUUUUAUUCUUCGCAGCACAUAUUCUCAGACAGAAUCGACGGCAGGAAAUUGUAGUUCUCCCAUGACACGAGAUCUCCAUGCUGAUCAGUUUUCAGCUUCUUCUGAAUAUGACGUUGCUCAUAACGCAAGUUCAGCAAGAUACGGCUAUGGUGGAUGGAUCGCCGGUACAAAGAACACGUAUCAAUACUUGACAGUAGAUUUAGAAGGAGUUUGGGAAAUUACUAAACUAACCUUCCAUGAUUCUGAUAAAGGAUGGUACUCCAGAGCAAUAAGGGUAUCGUACAGCCACGAUGGGUAUGUCUGGAUGCCAUACAAUACGCACCUGUCGGAUGAUGCCCGGGGAGAAUUGUUUGAACGGCAAGGGAAAACUACAGCUGUGGCUUUCAAUCCGUCAUUAAAGGCACGAUUUAUCACCAUCAAUCCAGUGUCUUACUACAGAUGGAUGUACCCUUCUCUGGUUAUUGAAUUUUUUGGAUGUAAGAACUCUGCAACACCAACUACGCAUGUCACAACUGCCGGAAACAGUAUUGAUAUUGACACCACGUGGAUUCCAAGUCAGAGUCCGAUUAUUGUAAACAGCCCAGUUGUUAUCCGUCCCGCCGCUACAUUAACAAUUCAAGCUGGCGUAUUAGUAAUUUUCACUAAAGAGGAAGCGGGCAUAGAAGUGUGGGGUACACUUAUUUCGGAUGGCAUACCCGGGCUAAGCGUUUUACUCACAUCUAGCGAUCCUGUCUUGUCAGCACAUUCACAAUGGAGAGGCAUAACCCAAAAAACUGGCGGCAAUAUCACCAUGGAUAACACACUCGUGCGUCAAGCGGUAACAGGACUACAAGGGAAUGGGAGCCGUAUAAAAAUAUCACACAGUGAAAUACACACUUGCGAUAGCGGUAUUCAGAUAUAUGGCGGACUUUCGAAUAAUAUCGCACACACCGACGUUACAAUUAGUACAGAUUAUAUGACGUUGGUACACGUGAAUGUUCAUAACAACAUAAACGGACUACAAGUUAUAGGCACUUAUUCUCAACCUAAUGUUUACAUCGGUUAUUCUAAUUUUGACCGAAACAAGAAAAACGGAAUCGAUAUACUUGAUUGGGACGCAGGUGAAGAAGACUUGCCAACUAACUUGAUUAUAUCUUACUCAUCAUUCAGUAGAAACUCGAAAUAUGGCAUCAAUUGUAAAGAUCAGGCAUUGAGCACUUUUCGAAUAAGCCAUUCAGUUUUUAACCGUAAUUCAGAUGCUGGGCUGUAUUACUAUCGUUGGUUACCUUAUAAUCUAACGGUUUAUAUUGACAUUUCACACUCAAAGUUCACUGACAACGGCUAUAAUGGGAUAGACGCAAAAUUGGUUUGCUUUUACGAACAUUGCAAAACGCAUGAACCCAAUGUACUGAUUUUUACAAACAAUGUCUUUUCAAGGCAGAAUUAUGCAAUGAAACUCGUUUACACAAUGGAAAAAAUGGAAGCGGAAGCAAAUGUUAAAAUAGAAAAUAACACCUUUGAAUUGAAUACGCAUGACGUUGAAUUGUUAUAUAAACUCAACGGCGUCGUUCAGAUUUCAGUACAAAAUAAUUCGUUUCAACAUUCACGUUUUCCACUGAAAGUAACAAGCAACUCCCUGAACAAUAACGUAUCAAUUCUGCGAAACAUGUUUACGGACUGCAUAACCAAAAAUACAAGGGAUAUUUUUAUUGAUGUCAACGCAAUAUCAGCGCAGGUCUUCAACAAUAGUUUCGAACAGUGUUCACUGUCGUAUGGUAUCUCACUAAAUGAAGGUAUCGGGCACUUGUUCGCUUACAAUUCUUUCAUUGACACAGCCGUCUCUAUGUGUUACAUAUCCAUAGGCCAAGAAUAUGACGAAAACGAAGCGUUAAACAUUGACAACAAUUCCUGGGGUACAUCAGAUAUUAAAGCCGUCAAAGCAAAAAUCUGUGAUUUCUUUCUAGACUCGUCUAAAGCUGUUGCUAAAUUAAACCUAUAUUUUACAAAUGAGUCGAUGGUAAACGCAAGCGAUUCUGGGAAAAUAGACAUUUUCCGUUCCGAAAGGGAUGAACUGAAUAAUAUCACUUAUAUUGGUGGUAUUAUUGACAGAAAUAUUGACUUUUCUGGUUUUGGAGACAGCCCGUUGAUUUUGAACAGGAGUCUUCUAAUUCUCAAAGCCGUUCAUGUUGGAAUUGCUGCGGUCAGUUUAACAAUAAAGAAAAGAAGAGGAAUCAAAGUGUAUGGUAGUCUAACAAUAGGAAAGCAAACAGACGAAGCAUCACGAACCACAGUGUUAAAGUUGGAUGGCAAAGUUAGUUGGAGUAAUAAGUGGAAUGGGGUUAGCAUGACGUCUUCAGAUGUAAAGAUAUAUAAUGCUGUGAUCUAUGGUAUGGACACUCUUUUGGAAGUAACUGGAAGUAAUUCGACCAUUGUUAUAAAUAACUUCUCCACAACGAAAGAGAAAAUUCAACAUUUGAUAUAUGGCAACGUUUUAAAUGGAAGCCUUUCUUUGCAUAUUAAUGAAAUCAGUCUGUCAACUGAGUCAACACUUGCAUAUAUAAGAACUAUAAACAGUGAUAUUCACGUUGACAUUGAAGAAAGCAAUCUCCAAAGUGAAGAAUACGUCUUCGACAUACGAGAAUCAAACUCGCAGACAAUUAUAAGUCUUGUAGAUAUAUACAUUUCAAACAGUUUAAUAUCCUCUCCACGUUCCUCGAAAUGGAAUAUGUUUUUAGAGGGCUGUUCAAGUCAUUUAACAUCAAGAAUUACAGGAUCGCGUUUUUCAGCCAUCAACAACUAUUACGGCCUGACGAAUUUUAAUUAUUUGUCAGUAGACAUGAUGGCUGUGGGAAACACAUUUGGUGACGCUGAGGUAUCAUUAAGAUUUGCGUUCUGUGGCGACGUUUCUUCCAAUUUCUCCAAGGAGAUUAAAAUUACCGGGAAUCAUUUUAACAGUUCUCUUGCUGGAAGCGACCUGCUUAUAAAUGGAGCUGUUACUGAUGGACAUACGUUCUAUAUUGCAAAUAACACUUUUGAUAGUCACCAUGUUGCUUCUAGGAAAGGUAUCAACUGUGAAAGAUCUAGAAGCAUUAGCCUUCACACGUUAUAUAUCAAUUCUAAUGUCUUCACAAAUAUUGAACAUGGAGCAGUCGAUGUAUUUUGUAGACUAAAGAUGGUGAUAACAAACAACUUGUUCAUUUCUAAUAAAAAGUGCAUAGUUGUGAUCGGAUAUUCUGCUUUCCAUCCAAUAGAAAGUUUGGAGAUAAUUGGGAAUGAAUUCAUAAAUAAUACUGAUCCAGAUGGAAUAAUUUAUUUACACAGAGACGAAUUUGGGAUUCAGACAGUGAACAUCACUGAGAACACGUUCGAAGGAAACACUGGAAUUGUGAUUGCGCUGAAAACCCAUAAAAUCAGACUAAAAUACAACUUUUUUAAUAAUGAACAUGCAUUUUACAACAUUAAAGUACUGAAAGAUUACGUGACAAAUCCGGAAAGUAUUAACGCAUCUCUUAAUUAUUGGGGAACGUCUAACCCGAGGGAAAUCUCCAAAGGAAUAUAUGACUUUGAUUAUGACAGUUCAUUGUUUCAUGUUGAAUUUAGACCUUAUUUAGGGUCCAAAAAUAUAUCUGAUGUUCAAAAUGCUGAAUAUGGAUUUAUCUCGGAAAGUGGCGAAAUCGGAGGCAAGGUAAACGGAAAUAUUACCUUACGUCUAAAAGAUAGUCCAUUUCUUGUAAUAUCAAACAUCAAUGUUGAGGAAAACGAUACCCUUACUAUAGAAGCCGGGGUUGAACUUAGGGUCCGACAAGGUGUGGGCAUCUUCGUUAAAGGAAAACUGUUCAUACUCGGCACAAAGGACCUUCCUGUAAAGUUAAGUCCUGAAGAAAUGGGGUUACCAUGGAGAGGCAUAGAUUUCAAUUCUGCCUCAGAUGCAGUGUUGUCACACAUCGACGUAAAUGACACAGACGCAGGGAUAACAAUAAGAAGUUCUGCAUUCAGUAUUUCAAAUGUUUCUUCAACGUUUUCAAGAACAUCUGGAAUUUCACGUAUUUUCUCUAAUAAACAAAAGGAGAUGAGAACUACCCUUUACUUUUCUAAUGUGACACUGGAAGAUAAUUCCGAAGCUGGAAUAACGAUUUCCGGAGACUCUGACACAGCUGUGAUUAUUAGCAACUGCACGGUUACACGUAAUAAAGAGGACGGUAUAAAAUUGUCAACAAAUGCUAGAAUCGAAGUAACUAACUGCUUGAUAUCCGAAAACGGAGAAAGCGGUGUAUCUAUCUCUCAGUCAAAUGGUGGUGGAAUGUUGUACAUAAACAAUUCAGUUAUCGCUUCAAAUACAAACUAUGCACUUAAAGGGACGGUAACUACAGGAGUAGUCGUAGAUUCGUGUGAGGUAAGAAACCAUACCUACGAAUACAUUAAUUACUGGGGGCGUCGGUACACCCACGGAUACAUAGAGUUAGAGAGACGUUAUUCUUACAAAGAAUUUAAAAGCUUAGUAUUAUUUAAAAACACUCUGUUUCAAGGUAACACAGCAGACUGGAUUGAAAUCUCAGACGAUGAGUGGGUAAGGGGAGAAAUAGAAAUUCGUUUUGAAAAUAACAUAUUUACUGAGGGAAGACGUACAUUUCUCUGUAAGACAUACUCCAGUAACAACAAUUAUCAAAUUAACAUUUACUUCCAGAACAAUACAUUAGAAAAAAAUUCAGUAUUGGAAGAAACGACUGAAAACGUCCUUGUAGAAUUCCUUUUAUUUGCUAAUCCGGAAUAUCAUAUUGAAAUAACUGGAAACUUAUUUCGGGAAAAUAUCGCACAGUCAUGUCUGGUGGUUCCGUCAAACUAUAUUGAUAUCAGUAACGGUGAAAUGAAUAUCUUGGAAAAUGUCUUUAAAGACAAUAAUUUUUCCUCAUCCGUAGUUAACAUUCAAACGCACGUUCCAUUAGAGAUGCAUCGAAAUAUAUUUGAUUUUCCACAUACUUACCGAUGUGCAGUUGAAGUUCACGAUUUUGAUCUGGAUUUGACAUUCAACGCUACGCACAAUUACUGGGGAACAAGUGUUACAAAAGAAGUUAUUGAAACAGUUUGUGGGUUUGAAAAAGACAUGAGUAGGAGUAUAGUAUGGACAUUUCCUUUUUACGCAAACGAGGAGCUCUCCACCUUGAUAUCGGAAACACAUACAUUGGCAUCAAAUGUAUUCGGUGGUGAAAUAUCAAAAGACACGCAUAUUCUACCGGAAGAAAAAGACUCAACUGUUGAAGUACAUAGGUCCAUCAUUGUUCGAGAAGGUGCUAAGCUAUACAUAGACUCUGGCGUGACCCUUCUGUUUGCACCUGAUAGAGGAAUAUACGUUCAAGGCGCCCUUUCAAUUAUUGGAAGCAAUUUAAGUGUUGUGUCACAGAAUAUCGCUCACGAAUCUCCCUGGUAUGGAAUCGUUAUAAACACCACUUCACAUAACAGGACUGAGAGAGUACAGAUAUACCGAUCAAGAUUACAGAACACGUUACAUGGCAUUGUUGCACACACUGCAAACUUCGAAAUAAAGAGCAGCGAAAUUACCGAAUCUGCAGCGAACUGCUUAACAUUAUUUGAAACAGAAGACAUAACUAUAUAUGACUUUGGAAACACCACCUUUAAAUCAUGCGACGGAGUUGGUAUUAAUAUAACAGGAAAUGUUGCAGUUACAAUCAUAAACGCUAAUAUCCAAGACACAUCAGUUGGUAUAGGAACUAAAACUUUUUCCGGUUUGCUCGAUGUACGUUCUUGCACUUUCAUCAACUGUUCAGUGGGUAUUUCCCUAUCAUCACAGAGGUAUGAUGACAAUAGUGUCGUAAAAAUUUCACGAAAUUCUUUCCAAGAAAUUACUUCCACGGCACUUACUAUAGUAUUGUCAAAAGAUCAGCUGGCAAAAAACAACACAAAUAGGACAGUAAAUGUAGAUUUAAACACAUUUCAAAAUGCUUGCGGAGUUGAAAUUCAGACUUGGAACCAUGUCGAAAUGACGUUUCGCGACAAUGAUUUACUUAAUGCAAGUUGCUUGAAAGAAGAAGACGAUUGUUUUAUGAAUGUGUUUUCAAGUGGCAGUGAUAUGUUUGAACAAAACAGAUAUUUUGACAUAUCUGCAAACCGUUUUGAAAAUAUCAGUGCAAAAUGUAUAAUUCAGCUGAAAGACAACGACGUAUCAAACUUACAAAACACUUUUGUGCAUAAUACAGUCAGUAACAGUAAAGCGAGGGACGGUGUUAUACUUGCUAACGGCAGAUAUUUCAAUAUAUCGAAUAAUAUUUUUGAUAACCCGGACUCGGUUUUUGAUGUUAUUACAGUACUGAAAGGUACAAAUUCUAUCAAUGUUACAAACAACUGGUGGGGCAGUCCAGAUCCAAGCAAUGUUUUUAGCAGAAUAUUUGAUCAGCGGCGCCAAGCGGACUUAAUACUAUUUGAAGUAGAACCUGUGUUGCUGGACCGAUUGGUUGACUGCACAGCUGUGAACAACUGCAGUUCACACGGUGAAUGCAUAAGCCCUAACCAUUGUCGUUGUUCUUCAGGAUGGACAGGGAUGUCUUGCAUGCAGUAUGACUGCAGCGGUGUCAAUAACUGUUAUGGAAAUGGAGAUUGCAUUGGCCCCAACACUUGUUCUUGUAACGACGGCUGGAGUGGAAAACAGUGUAUACUCGCUUCGUGCCUUAAUGUUAGCAACUGUAGUGGACAUGGCUUUUGUGUCAGACCAAACGUUUGUGCUUGCGCAGCCAGAUUUACCGGAGAUGAUUGUAGUUUGUGCAUACCUCAGCAUGGAGGACCUUCGUGUCAACCAUGUCCAAUGUGUCAACAUGGUUCAUGCGACCCUAAUACAGGACUAUGUAAAUGUGAAAGCAAUAACUGGACCGGUUAUCUUUGCGACCGCUGCAGUGAAACCUUCUACGGCCCAGACUGCCUACCGUUAAUCAAAGUGUUGGAAAUAAUACCAAGUAGAGGACCAGAAAAAGGCGGAAAUGAUGUGCACGUUUGGGGUCAUAACUUCCUGGAAUCUUUGAGUGGUGCUUAUAAAUGUCGUUUUGGAGAUACCAAGACUGAUGGAAAAUGGUUAGCAUGGAACCAUGUCCUCUGUACUGCACCUAGGCUUCCGGAAGGGGAGGUUACUCUCGAAGUAUCUCCAGACGGGUCUAAAUUUACAAAUGAUCGGCAAACAUAUUUCUUUUACUCAACGUGCCCUCCGGAAUCGUGUGGGCGUAACUUCUCUCCAUCACGUGGCCAGUGUGUGUUUGGUUCCUGUUCUUGCUUCCUCCCAUGGAAAGGAAAGAACUGUACCAUUGAAAUACUUCCACCAAUUAUCGCAGUCGUAUCUUCUGAACAAACAGUUAACGAAACACAAACAUACACUCAACAGUUAAAGUUAGAACAGGGAGAUCUACCAGUUCGCUGGUACCUUUUUAAAGGUCCGGUCGGAAUGACGGUUGAUGAGAAAACCGGCUUAGUCGGGUGGUCAAACGCCUUUGCAAAGUCCGACAAAUACCAGAUAGAUGUUAGAGUCUCAAAUAUAAUUGGAGAAGACACUGUGACAUGGUCUCUUUCGGUACCAUUGUCAUAUACAGCCUUUGUUCAAUAUAUUGAACCCAGUGGUAUUUUUCCCGCUCCUAGAUCAGUCAAGGUGUUUGGAAAAAUUGACUUUCUUAGGGAUGAAGCAGCACGCACUGUUUCUGUCGAAGUAAUUGUGACCAGCAGAAGAUCAAAGCAUGUAACCAUUUUGAAAGCAGUAUCAGACCAGUCGCCACCUGACACUUUCAUGACAAUCUACUAUCCGAGACCAGACGAUGCCGGAUUGUUUUCUGUGACUGCUAGGCACCCUGGUGAAACCCUGAAGUCCAAUACGUCAAAUGUAACUUGGUCUGUUCUUGGUAUGCAAUGUAAACCCUCUACAGCAACUGUUGAUGAAAUAAUAUCUGCUGAUGAUGAUGCUAUAUCAAUAGCUAACAUCUCUAGAUUGGUCAAUGUUGGCGAUACAUAUAUUGAUAACAUAACAAGCGAGGUUGAUGGUUUACCUGGUGCGUAUAUCGGAUUGUCAGGAGAUUUCAGCGGCAAAUCGUUUGCCUUGCAACGUCUUCAGACGAACGAGAAUAUUUCGUUCAAUCUCAUUAUCACCAACGCAAAACCUCUAUAUGGCCAUAUAUAUAUUAUUUUUACCACUCGUCAAGGAACAUCAACUGGCAUGAGAGUAAAUAUCAAACUGUCCGCCCGCAAGCCUGUUCUUAUCUUGAAACCUCCUUCGUUGCGUGAAAGCGUUGUGCGUGGUACGUUGAAAGUAUUUGAUGUUAACAUCACAAACAUUGGAGAAGUAUCAGCAAACAAUUUGUCCGUAAGUCUUCCAAGAGAUUCAAGAUUUUCGCUGGUAUCCUUUACAUCAAAAAGUAAUUGGGUUACGGAGUCAGAUGACAACAGUGUAGCUCUAUUACCAAAUGAUGUCGCGUAUUUGUCGAUUGCCGUUGUUAUUGAAGAAACUGAAUCACUGGGUGAAAUAAGCGGACAUAUUUAUAUAAAUUCUGUUUCAACUUCCAGUCGACUGCCUUAUAAAAUUUUUAUCACAUCUAUAGGGACCUUCAAUGUGACAUUUACUGUAAAAGAUGAAUAUACAUAUUUUGCUUCUGGGUCGCCACUGGUCACCAACGCCAAAGUAAGACUUUCAAACCCAAGACGGAAGUUUUAUGAAACGAAGUAUACUGGGAAUGAAACAGGUUAUGUUAUAUUUGAGGACAUAUACGAAGAUCAGUAUACGUUAUAUGCCGAAGCUGAUGAUCAUUCUACAUACGGAGCAGUAAUACUAAUCACUUCUGACUCUACAGAGCAGGACAUAUUUCUGCCACGUAUCGCCGUUAAAUAUACUUGGACAGUGGAACCUACAACAGUAGAAGACGUUUAUAUUAUUGAACUGGAAUCAACCUUUGAAACCUAUGUUCCAAUGCCAGUUGUUACUCUACAGCCAGCCCAGAUAAACACAAUUCCUUUGGAGCAGGAACAAACGAGUACCAUCGAGUUCACUAUAACAAAUCACGGUCUUAUCAGAGCUGACAAUGUUCGAUUUUCCUUACCAACAACUCAUCCAUACCUAAAUUUUGAAGCGGUUGUGGAUUAUAUUGGAAGCAUUGCUGCUAAUACAUCCAUUGUUGUACCUGUUAGGACGAAACUCAAACAGAGAGAAAAACGAUCGACAGGCUCAUGUGUUUCAAUACUUCUGUUGUACAGUUUUGAAUGUUCUGGAAUACAGACACGAUCUGCAUUGUCUAGACUAACACGCGGCGAUAUAUCUGGUAGAUCAUGUUUCGGGUCGAUAUUUCAUGGACAUGGACGUUUAAGUGGCCGUGGAAGCGGACACGCAUCGGCAUAUAUUGCAAGUACCGCCCUAACAUGUGAUUGUCUACAGACAUUCUUUAAGAGUUGUAUCUUAGCAUUCUUGCCGGGUUAUGGCUGCCCUUUAGCAUUAUAUAAUUUCGUGACUGCGGACCAUUCCAGCGCUAACGUGAAGGAUGAAGUGCUUGGGAUGCUGGACAUAGUGGUUGGAUGUUUGGCUGAGGACAUUGUAGAUGAUCUGAAAAAACAGUUCCCAAAGAAACUUCUAGUGGACCUAUUAAAGAAGAACUUACCCGUUAUUGAACAUUUGUAUACGGCAGUCAGAUGUGUUCAGGACGUUGAGGCCAAAUGUUCGGGUGGACGUUCCCGAAGAGAAAUCAAUUCUGAUGUACUAAAUGCUGUUGUUAGGGCGUCCGGACCUAUGAUGAAUUUUAUCAGCUUAGCUAAAGAGAUAAUAGGACAACAAUCAGUAGCGUUAGAAGAGGCAUGGUACAAUGAAUUUAAGAAAAGCGUCGGUGAUGAUACUGAACUUGGAGUAAUGCUGUCGGAAACUGAAUCCUCAGCCAUCUUAUACACUAUAACAGAAGAAGCAUACAAGACUAAUCUAAGUAGUUUCCUUUCACGCUAUAAUAAUACAGCAGCGGCAUGGGAAAAUGGAACUUUAUCAAAACUUGAAGACACCGGUAAAGUGAUCAGUUUUAAGCGUUUGAAACCUAGAGUUGAACAAUUUAUUAAUGACAUUGAUAAAUCAAAGGCUAGAGUAUUUGACUCCAUCUUCGAUGAGUACGAGUAUGCUGUGAAGACAUACUAUGACGCAGAAGGAAAGGAGAGCAGCAGCGGGGCUAGAGAAAAAGAAGGCGUAUGCGCUCGAGUGAGAAUAAGGAUUGAACAGGAACUAGUUUUAACAAGGGACGCAUUUAAAGCCAAAUUAGAGAUAGAAAAUGGUGAAACAUCAGAUCUAGAGAACAUAAAAGUUCAAAUAGAAAUCAAACAAACAUUUGGAUCUGGAGAUCUUUUAAACGACAAUUUUUCAAUCGGCAAACCGUCAUUAAUCGGAAUAAGCAGUGUUGAUGGAACGGGUAGAUUGGGUCGUGAUUUAUCAGGUUCCGCAGAAUGGCUUAUCAUUCCAUAUAGCAAAGCUGCCCCAGUGGAUGAUACACAGUACGAUAUUGGUGGUCAGUUAUCAUACAGGGUUGGAGGAACCGAAUUUUCUGUUCCACUGCUGCCAGACACAAUAACUGUUUCUCCGAAUCCAAGUCUAAUUGUGCAUUAUUUCCAUGAGAAAUACGUAAGAGGUGAUGACGCACUCACACCGGAAAUUGAGCCGAUUAUUCCGUUUACACUUGCUGUAAUGGUGACGAAUGAUGGAUACGGUGUGGCAAGAGCGCUUAAGAUAACUUCCGGACAGCCAGAAAUUAUUGAAAACAAAAAAGGAUUACUCGUAACGUUUAAAAUAAUUGCUGCACAGUUAGGGAAUUAUCCAGUUGCACCAUCUCUUACUGUCGACUUCGGGGACAUCUCUUCGUUUGAAACUAAAACUGCAAGAUGGCUCAUGACGUCUUCGUUGAUGGGGAAAUUCUAUAAUUACAGCGCCACCUUUGAGAAUAUAAAUCCUCUUGGUGAUCCUCAGUUAUCAUUAAUCGAUAAACUAGAAUACCAUGAUUUAUUUCAUCUUGUAAGAAUCGAAUUUCCGGACAAGGAUGAUGGUUUAGACGAUUUUCUGGUAAAUAAUUUCCCGGACCAAGAAAGUAUCCCUGAUAGGCUUUAUAAUAGUGCAAACGGCACUGAUGUUUCUGACGUGUUUUUUGUUAAUAUAACGGAUGUUCAUGUAAGUUCUUUUGUUAGUUCAUCAAUGAAAAAUUACAAGCAGGUGAAUCUAACUCUUUACACAAAGACCUCCACAUGGGUGUAUGCAAGAAUAGAAAAUACAUUUACUAGUUCUGAUAGGUCGACCAUUGACAAUUUAUUAAAUGCUGUGUCGCAAUACGGUAGAAACAUACUACUCGACAAGAACAUUUGGCAGACCACUCAUAUUCUUGAUUCGUUUUACUUGCACCUGUUUGAUUUUAUCGAGAAAGAUAAUUCCAUUGAUGAUAAAGAUGAAACAGAAAUGGUCUAUACGCUAACGUAUGGUCCGAAAAACAGUCACGCUCCUAGAUUCGAUGCGACUUUCUAUUCUGCAAAAGUACCAAAAGGGACAAAUGUUGGAUCUGAAGUUGUACGAGUAACUGCGUAUGAUAACGACAAAGAUAAUCUUCAAUUCAAACUCAGAAACUAUAGUGAUAGUCUCUUUGAUAUUAGAACGAUAACCCCUUCUUCUGUUGCAAUUACAGUAAGUGACAUCCUAACUGUCCCUGGAUUAUCACUUGUUGAGUUGGUUGUACAUGACGAUGGUAUACCGCCUAGGUCCUCUGUUGUGAACAUUAGUAUCGUUGUUGUAGACAGUGAUAGGAACAACGCUUCAACAGAUUCCAGCUUAGAAACUACGAAACAUAUUCCGUCAACGUGGUCACCUUCUACAGAACCUGAUAGUUCAACAGAAACACAAAGUACAUAUACAACGCAAUCCAAUGAAGCUGACAAAAUUUCAUCCGAUGAAAUACUGUCCUGGGUUAUACCGUUAGCCAUUGGAUGUACCAUUGUGCUUAUAUUGAUAAUCGUUGGACUUGUGUGUUUAUUAAGGAAAAAACAAGUCAUAUUUUCAAGGAAUGAUAACACGUUUGAACUGAAAUAAUGCAAUUUGCAGCAUACAUAUCAUAAUAUUUUAAAGUGUGAAUAAAUUUGGUCUUCGGAGUUCAAUCGUAAAUGUGUGAUUAUUAUCACUGUAGUCUACAUUUUAUGAUACAACGUUUUCAAAUAAAAGACUGAGUACUUGAUGUCUGUUUGUACAAGUCUGCAACACAUUCCUCUGCAUUUGAUAAUGCCACCCCUUUACUAGGGUAAAAAACUGUUGUUCAGUGGUAAAAGUAUAGUCUGUUGAUUGUAACUGAACAAGAUAUGUUCGAACGCUGUUUUUGGAAAUUCUCAGUGUUUUCUACUUUUAAUGCUCGUGUCUUCUGGAUUAACUUAAAAACACAGUUAAAGUGUCACUAGUAUCUUUCCGUUUUAUUUUAUUCCACCUGAACAAAGUUACGUUUUUAUUCUUUUGACUUUUAGCUUUGUGACAAUGGCUUACCUAAACCAACUCGCACAGUGGCCCGUUAACAUGUAUAUAUAUACUGAGCUACUAGCACAGGAUAACUAAAAAAUCAACUUUUAUAUAAAGUUAGUGUCUAUAGCGUAGCAGCAAGGAUAAGUAUCUGUUACAGCGUUUUAAAACCCUGAAGUGAUUAACAGCACACAGUUCCAAGGCGUUACCGAAAGGGUAUUUUAUUUAUUAUCAUGGAUUUUGCUAUGGCAAUUUGUGUGACAUUAUGAUUUUUAUUCCGCUGAAAUAUUCAGUAUUCAUAUUCCUGGAAUGUGUAAGAUGACGAGCUAUUUCUUCGUAGUCUUUAAAAAAAUAAAAAAAUAUAAAAAAUU